AUGAAGCUCUCAACUGCAGUUCUAUCAUUCCUCUCGCUCACCGCCCUUUCAUUGGCGGCGCCCCAUGGAGGUCAUGGCGAGGGCAGGGGCAGAGGUGAUAGGGGGUCUACGAGCACAAAUCCAAACCAACCGAAAGUUUCGCAACCGGCUGGUAACACGGGCAACAGCUCACUCGAUGGCUCAGACGAGACUCCGGGCUCUGGUGGAAGCUACAAUGUCCUCGUUGACGACUCCGACCCGAGAACGCUCGACGAAUUGAUUGAGGAGAUGGGAUUGACGAAGGACGAGGUGAAAUAUGUUUACGAUAAUUCUGCGUUCAAGGGGUUCUCCGCAAACAUGUCGAGUCACUGUGUUAGCAAGAUGAACAUCAUGACUGGUCUUAAGAUGUUUGAACCAGAGAUGGAGGUCCAACUGCAUGAUACCCUUCCGGGAACUUGGGGGCUGAAGAGAGUUUCUCAGUCCAAUACCGUAUCAACGGCGGGCAAGGACAUUUCUGGCUUCGAUUUCGGGAGCUAUGCCUUUAGCGGCGGAGCCGAUAGCCUUGGGAAGGGUGUUGAUAUCUAUAUCGUUGACACUGGCGUUAACGUCGACCACAUCGAUUUCGAUGGCCGCGCAACCUUUGGUUUCACCUUUGACGGCAAGAAGACUGACGAUCAAGGCCACGGAACCCACUGCGCCGGGACCGCUGCCUCAACCACCUUUGGUCUUGCAAAGGCUGCCAAUAUCAUUGCCGUCAAGGUGCUUUCCAGUGGCUCGGGUUCUUCCUCCGAUAUCCUCAAGGGCAUCGACUGGGUCAUCACCAACCAUGAAAAGCGCCAGAGCUCUCCCGACUUCCGCGGUUCCGUUGCUUCCAUGUCCCUUGGGUCUGCUACCCGCUCUGCAACCCUCGACGAAGCAGUUAAGCAAGCAUCCGCUGCCGGCAUUCACUUCUCUGUCGCUGCCGGAAAUGAGAACCAGGAUUCUUGCAAUUCUUCUCCCGCUGCUUCGUCCUUGGGAAGUGACGUUCUCUCUGUCGGCGCCAUCAAUGUUCGAGACCAGAGGAGUUCAUUCUCCAACUUUGGUGAGUGCGUGAGUGUGUAUGCGCCCGGUGAACAGAUUACCAGCACGUGGGUUGGGCCGUCGAACGAUGUUAUCAAUACCAUCUCCGGGACCUCCAUGGCUUGUCCUCACGUCACUGGCCUCAUCGCAUACUACCUAGGUCUCGACCAGUCCCUGAAGACCGACACCGCCGCAAUGAAAACCAAGGUCACCUCUACGGCCCGCCAGAUCACCCUGGACAAGAGCGCUUCAACCGGCGACCCAGGUAUCCUCAUUAACAAUGGGAAUCUCAAGCAGUAG